AGGCUGGCAUUGCUGGCAGUCCUGGCAGACAGGCAGCUCAAACUGCUUUGGCACAUCUUGUUGUGGACUGCAAGAUGAGAAAGUCAAUGCUCUUCCUUGGCUUUCUUCUUGUUUUCCUUGGCCUGGCUCUGCCAGGCACCCAGGGAAAAAUAAUUUCCAAAUGUGAGAUGGUGAAGAUCCUGCGUCGGAAUGGCUUUCAGGGCUUCGAGGGCACAACUGUUGCUGACUGGAUGUGCCUGGUGAAACAUGAGAGUGACUAUAACACAAGAGCAUACAAUAACAAUGGUCCAAGCAGGGACUAUGGCAUCUUCCAGAUCAACAGCAAGUACUGGUGCAAUGAUGGCAAGACCCCUGGAUCCAAGAAUGCCUGCCGCAUCAGUUGCUCAAAACUGCAAGAUGAUAAUAUUGAGGAUGACAUUCAGUGUGCCAAGAAGAUUGCCCGGGAGGCUCACGGCCUCAGCCCCUGGUAUGGCUGGAAAAACCAUUGCCGGGGCAGAGACCUGAGUUCCUUUGUCAGAGGUUGCUGAAUCACUGCACAGGUGUUGAUUGUUUCCUCAGGACCACCAGAGGUGGAGAAUGACAGCAUUUGGGAAGGAGGCCAGGGAAAUGCAUGGGUGUGGGGAAUUAAAAACAGUAUAUUAUUAAGACAGAGUGGGUACUGGCUAGUGCUAACUCUGGAGGCUUUCACUGCUGCAAUGCAAACAGAGAACUUACAGCUCACAGCAUAAUAAAAACAGGUGUAGCAAUAAGCCACUGCA